AUGUCAGCCUACGAAACGGUGCUCUUUGUAGCACGCGAGUCUUUCGUCUAUCGCGUACCCCCCCGCUCCUCAACCGCGGGCUACAAGGCCGCCGAAUGGGGCGACAUGGAGGCCUUUCUCUGGAAAGGUCGUCUGCGAAUCAUGGAAACUUCCAACUGCAACACUUGCUCGAUUCGCUUGGAAGACGCCAACACUGGUGAACUCUUUGCUGAAUGUCCAUACGACGUAACAGGCACUUCGGUCGAACCAGUGCUCGACUCCAGUCGAUACUUUGUCUUACGAGUCGAAUCAGAAGGUCCGCAUGGGAAGAAGAAGAAGGCGUACAUAGGCAUGGGCUUUCAGGAUAGAAGCGAUAGCUUCGACUUCAAUGUUGCACUUCAAGACUGGACAAAACGACAAAAAGCAGCCGCCAAUCGAGCUGCCAACCCAACAGCAGACGACAACGAGGGCUCCCUCAUCCAUGACGGGCCUUCUCCACAUCUCCCGACAGGCCCAAAGAAGGAUUUCAGCUUGAAAGAAGGCGAAACCUUCGCAAUCAAGCUUCCAGGUGGAGGUCGAAAGAUCACGUCAACAUCAUCUUCUUCCAGCUCAUCAGGGCUCGGCGGCGGAUUCGGAGGCGGACCACUGCUGCCUCCACCUCCAAGCAAGAAGAGGUGA